AGGUGAGGUCCAAAGCUCUGGUGUGCCCAGGGUGGGAGAUUUCAGGUGCUGCUACCAGGCGGUUGCUGGAUGGGCUACAUAAGCAGCUUAUUUUGUCAUUUUAAUUUUUUAAUCCCACGCAUUCAGUUGCGCGCUCUUAUUAGUAAGCAUUAGCUCUCUAAGUCCCGUUAGCUCCACUGAGAGCUGAGGCUUUGCUUGUGGGGAUGUCAGUGGGGAGCUGUGGGCCUGAUCCUGAAACCGGUGGCAUCCGUGAUGCCCCACAUGGCUGCGGGUCUCAUCCUGACCCCACAGGAUCAGAGCUAUCACGGCUUAGUUCUUUCAUCCGCUGCCCCUUUCCUGGCCCCUUUCCCAAGCCAUGAGCAUCCCCAGGAAGGCUCCCUUCGGAGCCGAUGCAAGCCCGGGGCUGGCCCCGUUUGGCCACUCGUUGCUUUAUUAAGGCAACUAUUUUCUUGUUUGCAAAUGCAUAUGUUUUAUUCAAACUCACUUCUCUCUCCUUCAGGUUUUCCAUUGAACCCCGAGGCCACCCCCAGGGCUGUGCUUUGCUAGAGAAUCUCCGGCUUUGAGUUAAAAAACCAAUUGACUGCUUCUCUUUAAUAAAAUUAUUCCUGCCCUCUUUAAAUAGCGCGGUGGGUCCGUUCAUGGAGAUGGAGCAGCUCAGAGAGGAAAAAGAGGAGGGAGAAAAAAAAGAAAGAGUAAAACCACACAUCACCCCAAACCCCUUCUGCCUAAUCCAACUGAAUUAGAGGAUUUCGAAGUGGAUUUAAGACUAAAUCUUGAUUAGGGAGAAUUUCUCUCCAAGAGCUGCUGCACGUAGUAUUAAUGGGAAGUGAUCGCGGACAGAGGAAAUAGGACAGAAAUAACUGAGGGUAGCACAUACGCACUCACGUCUGUGCACGAACUGAAAGAAUCGCUGAAUUUCUCAAGAGGAAAAGGGAGAAAUUAAGCAUCGACAUAAGACUGGGUGCCACAGGGCUGGCUGGAGAAGCGGGGAGCAGCCAAAUCUUUGCUUUAUUUUGGUGGAGGAGCUUGCAGGUGAAAAGCAAGUGGAGUGCACGGCUAAGGGGGAGAGCUGGGAGGAGAGACGGUCUCUGCCAGCAUCUCCAGGCGCUGGUGUUCGUCCUCUGGGCUCCACAAGCUGACCCCCAUGCUCUCAGGACACAUGCCUGGAGGUGCCCAUGGGAUCCUCUCUCUGAUGACCGUGGUGUUUGUCCUUCCAGAGGUGUCUGGACUCCAGUGUUACGGCUGCAACAUCAUCGUGGGCACCAAAAAUGUGGACAUGGGGUGCUCUAACCCAGAGGUGAUCACCUGCUCCCACUCGCACCAGGGCUUCAAACACCGGUUCUGCAUUAAGACAGAGAGCGUGGUCCUGGGCAUCCUGCUGACCAGCGGCUGUGCCACCUCCCGUCACUGCCAGCAGCAGGAGCUGCCAGGGGUCCGCAUCCACUGCUGUGACACAGACCUCUGCAACGGCUCCCCCAGAGCCCCCCGGCCACCCCCUGGCCUCGCUGGCUGCUACCUCCUGCUGCCCUGCCUCCUCACUGCCCUGCUCCUGUCCUGAGCUCCCAGGGAUGGAGACUGUGGGACCCUCGGGGAGGGAGGGUGGUAAGGAUGUCCCUGUCCUGGCUGUUCUGGUGCAGAGGAAGCCCUACUCUCCCCUCUCCUUUAUAAAAGGUGUUGAAUGCUUUGUCCUGGACAGGUUUUGGAGAUGCCCUGGUGGCAUCUGGGGCACCUUCCCAGCAGACGCACCUUGGGGCUGAUACAAAACUUGUUCAGAUUUGGAAGAAUCAAAAUAAAUCAUAGAAUAGUUUGGGUUGGAAGGGACCUUAAAGAUCAUCCAGUUCCAACCCACCUGCCAUGGGCAGGGACACCUCCCACUGGCUCAGGCUGCUCAAGGCCCAUCCAACCUGGCCUGGAACACCUCCAGGGAUGGGGCAGACACAACUUCCCUUGGCAAGACACUGGUUCCGGUGUCUCACCACUCUCAUGGUGAAGAAAUUCUUCCUUAUAUCAAGCCUAAAUCUGCCCCUCUCCAGUUUAUACCCAUUGCCCCUCAUCCUAUCCCCACAAGCCUUUAUGAACAGCCCCUCUCCAGCUUUCCUGGAGCCCCUUUUAGGUACUGGAAGGUCGCUAUAAGAUCUCCUCUGAGCCUUCUCUUCUCCAGGCUGAACAACCCCAACUCUCUCAGCCUGUCCUUGUAGGGAAGGUGCUCCAGCCCUCGGAUCAUCUUUGCAGCCUCCUCUGGACGCGCUCCAUUAAAAGAGGAAAAUCAGAAAACAAAAGGAAAUCAGAAAACAAAUCCUGUGAAAAUACGAACAGCAAAGCCGACACGUUCUCCUUCUUUCCCCUUAAAAUAUUCUGUAUGAUUUUCAAGGGUGCAAGAAACAUUUCCUUGGCAGCUGGGGUUCUCCUUCCUCUCGGUUAUUUCUCUGCCUCCUGGGAGGAUGGGAUGCUUGGGGGCUGUUUCUCUGGACUCGGGGUACCAGCAGCCCGGGACGAGUCGAGCCCGGCUCUUCCCACGAGAGGGCAUCCUCGGUCCUUGCUCCACUCCUCUGGAACCCCAGGGAUGCAGCAUCUCCAGCGGGGUCCGAGGGGUGGGUGGGCGAUGGGGCGGAGAACAGGGUCCCCUUCUGAAAGAAACGGGUAUUUUAGACAUUAUCCGAACAGAAAAGGCCAAAUGGAAGCUUAACCAGCAAACUCUCGUCCCAUAAACAUUGCAGCCUAAGUGGUUUGUUCAAGGUCAUCUCUGGGGUUUGCGGUGGAGCUGGGAAUUAAAUGCGUGUGUCUCAAGAUCCAACCUUGUGCUUUUAUCACCAGGGAAACAGCAUAAAUAAUAUUUCUCACUGGUGAGAAAUAAAAGAAAUGUUAUUAUUUUUUUUUUUAAUCUUUAGAUUCUAUGUUUUUUAUCUUUAGAUUAAAAAAAAGUGUAACACAAAAGACCUUUUCCAUGUGAAACAUCAGCUUUUGCUGACACUUUUUGGAUGUGUGUCAGAAAACGAGUCAGAACUCUGCUAAAAUUAUUAUCUGAGGCACCUUCCCAGCAGAUGCAGCUUGGGACUGAUACCAAACGUGUUGAGGUUCUGAAGAUUCAAAAUAAAAGGAAUCAGAAAACAAAUCCUGUAUGAACAGCAACGUGAACCGAUUUCCUUUCUUCUCCUUUAAAACGUUGCUUAUGAUUUUCAGGGGAGCAAGAAACAUUUCCCUGGCAGCUGGAGUUGCUCUCGCUAUGGAUUAUUUCACCGCCUGGAUGAGUGCUGAGCUCUUGCAACAAAAACUCUAUGGCAUCAGCCUGCUCUGUUAUCAAUUCCCAUUUCCAGGCUGGAGGUGGGCUCCCAGCAGAGAGGACAAAGCUGGUGGCUGGGGGUCCUGGUGUGGCAUGGACCCCAAUGCCAUCCAGCAGCAUCUCGGGGAGAAGUGAUGGGCGAGGAGCUCCUGUGGUCCCUUCCAUCGCGGUGCCCUCCACCCCAGUCCCCUCUGCUGUGGUCCCCCAGCCUGCGUGCCUCCAGCUGGUGAUGCUGCUGGCCCUUCUCUGCCCCCCUUGCCCGCCUUGACUCAUCCAUCUUGGCUGUGUAAGAGCCCUGUUGCAAUUAAGUAGGCUGAAGUGCUCCUGAACUCUUUAACCUUUGCCCUGGGAUUGCUCCUUUUGCCCUGGGGCUGUGGAUCAGCUCCAUUGCACUCUCCAAACAGCGCCUGCUACUUAGCUGACAUUUCUUUCUCCUGCUGGAUCCUAUUAGCACCCUGAGGUUGAAAAUGCUACUUUGGAGUGUUGUAAGGAAUGUGAUUUAUAUUGGAAAGUAGCGGCAAUCUAUCUUUCCCUAUACACACACUGCACAUGAGGCUGGAGAGCUAAAUCCACAUCGCCUGAACAAACAGCAACAGGGAUAAUUGUUGAGGAGGCUUCGGACACCUAGCGGGGCGAAGAGAUUCCGUGAGACGGCACAAGCACUGGGGCCAGGGGAUGCUGAGCUCCGGGCAGGCAGCAGACAACAGGAAACCUCCUCCCAGUUGGGAUCUCAUCCCCGCACCAGUGCAAACUGGGCACUGCUGGUUUCCAGGCAGUGCUGAAGACCUGAGCUGUUUGCCUGGGCUCCGGUUGUUGGGUCCAUCGUGUACUUCUUCACCCUUUUCCUUGCGUGGUGGUCUCGUAUCAAGGGAAGACCAGAGCUGAGCAGAAUUCCUGCUGGUUUGUCUUCAUGGGAGUAUCAUAGAUAAUGCAAUAUGCAUGGGAGGCAGAUGAAAAUAAGAAUUGAAUGGUGCCUGAAGGAGGGCUGAUUAGCCUUUAUCAGAUAUGACACACUAACCACUGAGGCUCCUUGCUGGAAUACCAGGUUAAAAUCUCUGCAGUGUCAAAUUUCGUCCUCCUAAGCAAAGAGACACUUUCCAUAGUGUUUAUGUGAAUCUUCUGGAUAAGCCCUGGAGACUGAAACCUUCUCAGCUUCAUGUGGGCAUUAAAAGUCCCACCCACGUGUUUAAAAAAAGCCCCAAACCCAGAAACGUAAAAGCUGACAUUUACUCUAAAAUGUCUUCUUCCUGCAUGGCUGCAUGGCAUCCCGUGUGAGCGGCACUGCCGCCCUCCUCGCCGGAGCUGCCUGCCUUUUAGCGGGGCUGAGGGCAUCCCUGUGGGCAGGAACAGCCCGGCUGGAAGCCAAGAGGUUAUUUUGCACGCACAAAAGUGUGCGCACAAGCGCACACACACACACACACACACACACUAGCACAGUGCUUUCUGGGAGAAAAACCAACUACCAAAAAACCCCAACCCUAAGCAGCCUCUAUGUCAAAAGCCCUUUUAUAAAAGCCUCAGUAGUUGAAGAAUUGCCAUUGUUUCAGUCUCCAGUGAGUGCUAGUCUUAAAAUAUUUCCAGCUCAGAGCAGGCUUUGACAUUCUGCCCAGACCCAGGAGAGGGAACAAACAUGAGUUCAGAAAUGUUUCUACAAGGCACAGAUCCUUCUUCUUUUUGGAGAAUUCAUUUAGCGUCUCGUGUCCUGUGGCUGCUUCCCCCUAGAGUGGAGGAAACACCCCAAAACACCUCCAAAAGUAGGGAUAUAGGGACUUCUCAGAGACUCCCUGUAAAGCAGGGAGAGUUGGGCUGGUUCUCACGCUUUGCUUUCCGUGCUGGUUACUCAGCCUUCCACUUGUGAACAGCAAAACCAUUCUUCACCCCAGAACCCCGGGCUGCUCUUGCUCAGAGGGUGGUGGCUGUGCAGAACCAACUCCCCACCCUGCUGGAUGUGAGUGCUUGGUCCAAAAGCACAGGCUUUAGACCCUGGAAAUCAAAAGAAGCAGAAAGUCUGCAACGAUAUGAAUCCCCCUUCACCUUUUUUAUGUGUUCACCAGUGAUCCUGGAUGAGCCAGAGUGCGAAUAUAAGAGGAGGAAGCUCGCAAUGCUUCACUCUCUCCAUCCCUGCCUAUGGAAAGGGCAUAUGAGGGAUGGACCACUGCGCACGCACUCACUGCAGCGCUUGGUGAUGGGAGCUGGGGUGGGAGGAUCUCAGGACAAGGCAGUCCCUGGGACUUGACUUGCUGGGGACUCAGCACGGCUCUUUGGCCAGUGUUUGUGUUUUCUCACCCUUUCUAUUUCCAUAAUGUAAAAUGAGGAGGACAGGAGCUGAGAUGUACUCAGCUACGCUUUUGCAGACCAAGGUCAUCCCCACCUUCUUGCACACAGCUUUAUGGCAGAAAAAGCGUGGAAAACUGUCAGAGAUUUGCAGGCAAUUGGGAACAAUCCAGCUGCUGCAGGGUCUGCAUGGAGCACUGAUGCCCAGGGCUGCCUCGAGCACUGCUGAGAAGCUGCGUACCCCAAAGAGCGUGAGCGAACGGGUGCUUAUCUCUGCUGCGAGCACACCUCGUGUUGGAUAAAGGGCAGUGUUUACCCAGGAACAAUGUGGGGUUAAAAUUUAGUAAGUCCUUGUGCAACUCUUUAUAGUGAGGCAGUGAGGACAAAUAAACAUUUCUUAAAAUCCAGUCAGUAUUCGGGCUCGCUGUUUAAUCCAUUCUCCGGAAAUGCACGUUGUUUAUAGGCGUUCGUUGCAGGAGCUCAGAACAGCAGGGGUUUGAUCUACUCCAAAUUUCAGGCAAAAUAAUGCGAUCCUCAUUCUUCCCUUGUUUGUUCCUAGGAGAGAACACAAGGUCAAAUUUUCAGCUGGUGCAAAGUUUGCUCUGAACUACUGAAUAUUUUUUGUUUGAGGAAGUUUUCUCUC